GACGAUCGUGCGCUUUGCGCCUCGCGACGACCCUCUCCCUCCGUCGUCCCCUCCGGUGUGUACCUUCGCGCAUUCGUGUUAAUCGCGCUACACGACGCGGCUGUCAACGCUGUCAGAUUUCGUGCUAGUCCGUGCGGGAUUAUCGUGGACCUGCGUCGUCGCCGCCGCCGUAUCCCGACAUAUCUCGCGCGUUCCCUCCUCCCCGAUCGGACGUGGACACGCUACACAAGACGGAGGCACAGGUGGAGAAAUGUGAGACGUCCUCGUACGAGGCGGACGCGUUCUCCAGCGAACUAAACGAACGUUCGUGUCGCGAUGAGCCGCGGUUAUGUUUCUCGAUGGAAAGCGGUUUAACGACAAUGGCGGCAAUGUCCCCGUCGAAGCGGAGACUCCAGAAGGAAUUGAUGUCCUUGAUACGUGAACCACCGCCUGGUGUACACGUGGACGGAGAAUUAGCUGAGCAGAAUCUGACGCAAUGGAUCGUUCAUAUGGAGGGUGCUAAGGGCACGCUGUACGAGGGCGAACGGUUUCAGCUGCAGUUCAAAUUCAGUUCCAAGUAUCCCUUCGACUCGCCGGAGGUAACGUUUAUAGGUGGAAAUAUCCCGGUGCAUCCGCACGUCUACAGCAACGGCCACAUUUGUCUGUCCAUAUUAACGGAAGAUUGGUCCCCCGCUCUCAGUGUGCAGAGUGUCUGCUUGAGCAUUGUCUCCAUGCUCAGCAGUUGUAAAGAGAAGAAGAGGCCACCAGACAAUACCUUCUAUGUAAAAACCUGUAACAAAAAUCCAAAAAAGACAAAAUGGUGGUAUCACGAUGACAGCGUCUAACGUAGAGAAAGACUCCGCGAAGAUGGUACCAACUCGCGUCAACGUGGUGGGAUCGUCGGACCAAGGGAGCUCAUGUAUUCAGACUGAGUCUGAUACGUCAAAUUAAUAGAAAUGUUGCGCGUAUAAUAUUAUAUAAUGUCGCAUUAUAUUACGGGAAAUUAGAUGUGAAUAUAUCAAUAUCAACGCUUUCGCUAAGGCAAAAUUCGGCCGAAAAGCGACCAUACAGGUACGGGCGUUACUGCAGUCGCGCUCGCGCGUAGCACGCAGGGUAUGUUUCACGAUGACGGCGACUAGUCGCUCUCAGUAGCGGAAAAAGUUGAGAAAAGACAAGGCUACAACCUACUUACUACUAUAAUGACUACUAUAACGAUAAAGUUAAUUGUAUACCGCGCGAGUUGUUCAGACGUAAAUUAUUGCGAUGUUGCUAAUAGUGAUGCAUAUUAUAACUAUAUUAAAGUUAACUAACUACUGCUGGAUUAGCGGAUCUUUAUAGAGAGAAGGAAUGAAAGCCGCGGACGACAAGUAUAUUAAGACACACGAAGGAGCACGGAAGUUUCCCCCCCUACCCCCCUUGUUAUUUGCGGAGAGUCAUGUGACGCGCGUUGAAAUUAUUUCGUAUACCUAAGAGAGAUCCACACGAAAAUGUAUUAGACGCCGUUUUGCAUCGCACACUUGCCACACGUGUUCGCUAUAAUACGCUGUCAUCUUGCACUGUGAACGACUGACGUCGUGAAUCAUUUUUUCUUUUCGUAGAAAAUUCGAAACAGCUUCUAGAGUAUUUGUGUCGACACUGGUAAAAAGGUGUUACAGAUUGCAUCUAAUAAUUAUUAUGUAUAUUUAA